AUGGAUCUCGUCCAGAAAGAACACGAACGUCUCUUGAAAAAGAGCAAGGGAUCCCAGAGCAUUAAUCAUGUGCAGGCUACGAUAGAUAUGCUUCAGUCGGCUCGGGAUGCCAUUGCUGCGGACCCGAGCCAGGCAUCAAUCACUCUUGCAAAACUCCAGAACCCGGUCAAGGCGUCUUUCGAUGCGAUCAACGACAGCUUGAAGGAAACACACAGCGGCCUGAACAAAUACACCAAAGCGUUAGACAAGCUUUUCAAAGAUCGACCGCUGCCUAGUACGGAACAUGAUGCUUUGUCCUCCCAAGAUCACCUCAUCAAUCGAGCCAUUGCCAUGCACCUUCUCCGAGAAGGGCAAUUCCCCGUCGCCGCGACAUUCCUUUCAGAGAUGGAACAGAAAGAACAUUUGUGGGCAUCUCAGUCGACCGCGUUGACCCACACCGAUACCGCAGCAGCGCUGCUGAAAAUCGGCGAUGUUCCUUCCACCGAUAUCCGCAACGAGUUCGAAACAAUGCAUUACAUCCUUCGUGAGCUGAGGGAAAACAAUAACUUGCUUCCAGCAAUAGAGUGGUCCAGGGAACACAAGGAUGCCCUGGAAGCCAGAGGAAGCAAUCUCGAGUUCGAGCUCUGCAGGCUACAGUAUGUCUGGUUAUUCCAUGGAGGACAGAACCAACAGGGCCCCUCUCUCGCCGGUCGACAGGCAGCUCUGGAGUACGCCCGGCGCGAAUUCCAUACGUUCCUAUCCCGAUACCCUCGGGAGGUUCAGCAGCUGAUGGGAGCCAUGGCUUUCUUUCCCAACCUCCAAGCCUCGCCUUAUAGGGCUAUCUUCAGUAAUGCCUCCGCCUGGUAUGAUGUAUCCCAUUCCUUUACUCGGGAAUUCUGUUCGCUGCUCGGCCUUUGCGCCGAGUCGCCGUUAUAUAUAGCCGCCACCGCGGGCGCGAUCGCCCUCCCAACGCUUCUCAAGCUGCAAACCAUCAUGAAGGCGAAACGGACGGAAUGGACAACACAAAACGAAUUACCCGUCGAAAUCCCUCUCCCCCCAUCAUAUCUCUAUCAUUCAAUCUUCGUCUGCCCCGUGUCCAAAGAACAGGCCACAGAUCAAAACCCCCCGAUGAUGAUGCCCUGCGGCCAUGUGAUUGCCGAAGAAUCCCUGAACAGACUUAGCAGAGGCAACCGGUUCAAGUGCCCGUAUUGUCCGAACGAAAGCCAUCCGCGAGAAGCAAAGAAGCUGUACCUGUAG